AUGGCGAACCCUCCUCAUCUGCUCACCCUCGCGGACCUGACAGUGCCUCAAAUUCAACGCCUGUUGAACAACGCGCAUGUGCUGAAGCAAACUUCGACCCCAUGGCUUUACCCCACUGGAGGUCUCCAUCACAAACGAGCCAAAACGCUUCGUCUGCCGUCCCAGUCGUUAUUCAACAAGUCUGUGGCUUUGUUGUUCUCCAAACGUAGCACCCGAACACGAGUUGCUGCAGAGACUAGUGCUAGUCUUCUUGGUGGACGCGCUCUUUUCUUGGGUAAAGAAGAUAUCCAAAUUGGCGUAAAUGAGAGCGCGAGAGAUUCUGCCAGGGUCAUUGGGGGCAUGUGUCAAGGUAUAUUUGCACGCGUUGGAGACCAUUCAGAGGUCGAGGAAUUCGCGAAGCAUUCUCCUGUUCCAGUCGUCAAUGCGCUCUCGUCCCUUUGGCAUCCCACGCAAAUUCUCGCAGACCUUAUGACUCUGCACGAAAACUCCCACCUUUUCGGUAGUCCAGAGCCAGUCCAGACCGAAGAUGGUACUGGCAAGGGCAAACCCAAAGGCAAAAACGCGCUACCCACAUUACGACCACUCACAAUUGCCUACGUCGGCGACUCUGCCAACGUUUUGCAUGACAUGCUGGUCACGUUCCCGCGUUUUGGCCACCAAAUGCGUAUCGCCACACCUGCUGAUGCCAAAUACCGUGCCCCCGAUGCAGUCUGGGACCGUGUUGUCGAGCUUGGCUGCGACAAGGACAUCAAAUGGACAGCUGACCCGAAAGAGGCUGUUAAAGGCGCGGAUGUCGUAGUGACAGACACUUGGAUCUCGAUGGGCCAGGAAGCAGAGGCUGAGCAGCGUUACAAAGACUUUGCUGGCUUCCAGGUCACCGAGGAACUCUGCCGGCUUGGAGGAGCUAAUCCAGACUGGAAGUUCAUGCAUUGUUUGCCGCGCAAAAAGAACGAGGUCGAUGACGAGGUAUUCUAUGGUCCCCGCUCUCUGGUUUUCCCUGAGGCAGACAACCGCAAGUGGACAAUUAUGUCGGUCUUUGAGUACGUGCAUUUUAGUGUUAUUUUCAGUCGCUCACAGGAUGUGUUCCCUUCUAGUAUCGUCAUUGGCAAGUGGGACAUGGAUGGCAAUCGAUGGCAAAAUGAGGUAAUCGACGAAAAGGGACAAAUCGUCGCUCAGAAAAGGAUCCCUACCACGCGACCUUCCAAGGAAGACGGACAUGAGUCGGAUAGUGACGAGGAAACAAAAUAA